UCCACACGUUAAAUCUCUGGACAUUAUACUCUGGAUUGUCUCUCCCGCAGACUCGGAAACUUCAUCCAUUAUAUCAAAAUCACAGCUUCCAGCCAUGGCCGAGAGAGCAGAAGCCCAAUGGGUCCACAUCCGAGUCGUCAACUCCUUGUCCUUCGACACCCUAAGUGUCAGAAACACCUGGCUUGGCUGGGGCAAAUUCCACAAGGAAAACAACAAGAGCGCAGAGAUCCCGGUCUCAGACAUCAACGCUCUCAGGGCAGCUCCCGGCGGUUCAUUUAACGUCUUCGCAUGUGGCAGAGCACACUCGCCGUCUGGCACGGAGGGAAGUUUCGAUGUGUACAAUGGGGAUGUCCGAGUCGCCAAUGUCUACUGGGACUGUCCUUGGGGCUCGAAGCGCAACCAGUUCCGCGUGGAGAGGUUUGCCGACAAUUACUGGGUGGAAACGGGGUAUUGGAAUCAGUCGGGCGGCGCUAUUGGUAGUGUUGCGGUUGAGAUUGGGAGGAGGGACCGUGCGAUCCGAUCGAGUCUUUAGAUGGGGUGAAGGCGAGAAGAAGUAUUUCAUUGUUCCUUCGUAUCUUGCCGUUUCAGAAGUGGUGGGGGUUGUCAGUUAUGUGUAGGUAUGGAACUUGACGGAUUUGUGUAGUGAGUGGUAUAUGAUAUUGAUG